GAGUAGUAGAUUGAGGUUUGUGUCGUGUGAACACAACACAUUUGCAGCGAUCUUUUGCAUGUACAGACAUCUGGGCCAAUGUCUGCGCAGACAGAUCGUUACGUGUGGACCGGGCUUUACAUGGAAGUGGUAGCUUCACGCAAAUCACUACACUAAAGUCACCUUUGGUGGCAUAGAGAAUCUUUGGACAGUAUGUUUAUUAUUUUCGUUCGAAAUUGUGGGAUAAUAACAGCUGUUAAUGUUGUGUUCCCGUAUAUGUGAUAAAAUUACAGUUACAUUUGCCGUGUAAUAAUGGAUAGUCAGGUAUCAAUUGAAGGAAGAUUUUUGGAUAUUGUUGAUGACGCAUGGCGUGAAGACAAACUUCCAUGUGAUGACAUAGAAGUUCCGCCGUUUGAAUUACCUGAUCCCGAAGCAGACAACGGCGAUUCACAUCUUACACUGAAAGAACAAGAACAGAAGUGGACCGACCUUGGACUAACUGUACCAACCGAACAUAGCCAAGGAUUUCCAAAUUAAAGUAACUGCUGUACAUUAUGGAGUUGCCACACAUAGGGAAGCAAUGUGCUCAUACAGACUGCAAACAGCUCGAUUUUCUUCCAUUCCAGUGUGAACACUGCAAGCAAAUCUUUUGCAAUGAUCAUUACCUGCCAGAUAGACACAACUGCAGUGAGCAGUGUGGCACUGAAAUUUCAGCAGUGCCUGUUAUCUCGUACAAGUGCUCUAUAUGUGACCAUUCCAGUGCUGUCCAGAUGAACUGCCCAGUGUGUUGCCAACAUUUCUGCCUGCAGCAUCGUCAUCACGGUUGUUUGGAUGACGAUGAUGGAAAGUUAAGACAGAGGGAUGUAAACAUAUGCAAAAAACAAUAUGAACUGGCAAAACAAGAAGCAGACAUAGAGGUUGAGUGGAGACUUUCACUUGCAAAGAAAAAGAACAACAAGACAGCAUUUAAAGUUCAGCUAAUGAAAUUGAAGAAUAAAGCAGUGGGCAACAAGGGGAUUCCGUCUGCAGACAGAGUUUACUUCAUGAUCUAUCCACCACUGACUCUUUCAAAACAAUCUGUUCCUGUUUUUGUUUCCAGCCAUUGGACUGUUGGAAGAGCUAUUGACUCCAUUUCUGAUUUGUGUGGUGUUCUUAAUCGAAAUAAUGAUGCUACAGCACCAAAGUUGAGGUUGUUUCAUUAUGAGGGUGGACAGCUACUUUGCGUGCAGGUGGAUAAGAAACUUAAUGAUUUAAUACAAGAAAAUGAUCUAGUGGAUGGUGAAUCUUUAAUUUUGGAGUAUGUGGAUGAUGUGAGUGAUCCACAUAAACAUUUGGAAAAUACAAAACAUUACAAAGUUUCAUAUGCUCUCGAAAAGUAAUACUGUUAUGUUUUACACAGAUGUAUGAAGAAAUGCAUUCACCAUUUUCUAGCAUUGUUAAUACUGAAUUUUGUACUUAUUAGCAAUAAAUUUAUAAUUGCUUACAGGA